AUGGUGGGGCCCACACCGUCCACCUCCCUGUGUGGCUUGGACACCGACUGUCCUGGACUUCAGAAGUGCUGCCCCUGGUCAGGGGGCCACCACUGUGUGGCCCCCAUGCCUCAAGCUCCCGAGAGGAACCUAGUGAGCUUCUGGUACAAUGUGACCAUGCUGGUGAAGAUGGACUUCCAGGAGCUCAAGCAGGUGGACCCCAGGCUCCUGGAUCACAUGCGCCUGCUGUACUCCUUGGUUACCAGUGCCUUACAGCCACUGGACUCGGCUGUCCACCACCUGCACUCGACCAUGGGGGACACCUCCACCACGGUGUCGCAGCUGUUGCUGGGCCUGCCACAGCUGCUGCCUGUGGCCAACGUCUCUGCCGUGCUGGCUGACAUCACGAAGCGUGUCUAUGAAGUGGUCAACGUCAAGGUGCAAGAUGUGAACGAGUGUUUCUAUGACACACUCAACACCUGCUCAGGAAGGGAACUGUGUGUGAACACGGAGGGCUCCUACCAGUGUGUCUGUCACCAGCCAUCGCAGGCCUUGGGUCCCCAGAGGCUGAACCGCUUGUGUGAAG